AUGUCGGAGUACAAGAACGUCGUUGGGGGGAAGCUCAAACUGAAGGGGAAACCGCUGGAUGUCAAGGAGGGCGGAGUCAAGAAGAAGAAUAAGAAGAAGCACCGCCGCGAGGAGUCGUCUCAAGGCGAGCACAGCGAGCUCCGCGAAGGUGGAAGCUCUGAAUUACCAGGCGACCCUGACAAUGAAUUCAGUGAAGCUGACAAGCUGGGAGAGGAAGGGAGUGCGCAAGCCGAUUAUGACCACCUCACUCCAGCCGAGAGGCGUUACAUUGAACAGAAGCAGAAGAUCGAUGUACACAAGCUGGCCAAGGUGGCUGACAAGUCGCACAGGGACCGCAUCCAGGACUUCAACCAGUACCUCGCAAAUCUUAGUGAGCACUAUGAUAUCCCAAAGGUCGGCCCUGGUUAA